AUGGAAACUACUGACGUUAAUGCAGACCAAAUUCAGUUGAAUGGAUCAGCAAAUGUGCCUGACAUAACUGCAGUGACUACUUCCUAUCUAUUAUGUAUUGUUAGUGGCUCUUUGUCAGUUCUCAUAAUGUUUGGAAACCUACUUGUAAUAAUCUCCAUUGUUUACUUCAAACAGCUCCACACUCCUACAAACUUCCUGAUGCUCUCUCUGGCUGUGGCUGACCUGCUAGUUGGACUUUUAGUUUUGCCUUUCAGUGUCGUGCUCUUUGUGAGGUCAUACUGGUCUGGUCAAGGCUUGCUCUGCACUAUACGAGGCAGCAUAGACAUGAUACUGUGUAAUUCCUCCAUUUUGAAUCUGUGCUUCAUUUCUGUUGACAGAUAUUAUGCAGUGUGUCAUCCUCUGACUUACAGAGUUAGAAUUAAUAGCCGCGUUGUUUGGAUCAUGAUCCUGGUGUCCUGGACUGUUUCUGUUCUUAUUGGGGUUGGUCUCGGACUGUCGCCAAACCAAAACCAAAUGAGGUGUACUUUAUUUCAAAAAAAGUCACAGAGGUCAUCAGUUAUGGGAGCCAUGUUUACAUUUUUUAUUCCAGCCUUGAUAAUGUCUUCAAUCUACUUAAAGAUUUUGAUGGUGGCACAGAAACAGGCACGCAGCAUCCAGAAAACAACAAAGUCUGGUUCAACUGUCAGUAAAGUAGAGAGAAAGGCGACUAAAACUCUGGCUAUUGUGAUGGGGGUUUUUCUGAUGAGUUGGACGCCUUUCUUUCUGUGUCUCAACUUAAAUCCUGUGAGCAACUACACAAUACCACUUCAUGUACUACAAGCAUUCAAGUUACUCGGAUGGUCAAAUUCAAUGCUGAAUCCGUGUGUUUAUGCUUUCUUUUACAGCUGGUUUCGAUCAGCUUUUAGGAUGAUCGUUACAGGGAAGAUACUUAAAGAUGACAUUUCUAAUUCUAAACUCUAA